AUGAAUGACACAGUAACGAUCCGGACCAGGAAGUUCAUGACUAACCGUCUGCUUCAGAGGAAACAGAUGGUUAUUGAUGUCCUUCACCCUGGGAAGGCAACAGUACCAAAGACUGAAAUUCGGGAGAAGCUAGCCAAAAUGUACAAAACCACACCAGAUGUCAUCUUUGUGUUCGGGUUCAGGACCCACUUUGGUGGCGGCAAAACGACUGGCUUCGGCAUGAUCUAUGAUUCUCUAGAUUAUGCUAAGAAGAAUGAGCCCAAACACAGACUGGCAAGGCAUGGCCUCUAUGAGAAGAAGAAGACCUCUCGGAAACAGCGGAAGGAGCGCAAGAACAGAAUGAAGAAGGUCAGGGGCACGGCAAAGGCCAACGUUGGUGCUGGCAAAAAGCCAAAGGAGUAGCUCUGCGGUGAUUUGAUCUGCGGUGGUGUACAGACAAUUUCUGGAAGAACAAAUAAACUAAAAGCUUAUGUGU